ACCUCCAGCUGACUCACUGUGUGCAGGCAUUUCUGAACCGCUGGCCGUCUGGUCCUGUACACUUUAAGGAAACACCAGAAAUAUUUAAGCCUCCCCCAAUGAUCUGUAUACUGCUGGUAGCCGGUCAUGGGACCGUUUUGGAGACACAAAUUAAGAAUGAUGACACAGGCCUGUACAGCCACCUGACCGGGGUACCCAAGGCUCUGCUUCCUGGCACUGGAGGGAAGAAGAUCCUUGACUUCUGGUGGGAAACUGUCAACAUGCGACAGCUCUUCACUGAAGUGUACCUGGUCACCAAUGCAGACAAGUAUAAGCACUACGAGCGCUGGGCCACGGCUAAUGACUUCCCGGUGGAAAAUGUGAUAAAUGAUGGCAGCACUACUUUGGAGGACCGCCUCGGUGCCGUGGCUGACCUGGAGCUGGUCAUACGCAGCCGCAAGCUGCAGGACGACAUCAUGGUGAUCGCUGGAGACAUGCUGUGUGCAGACCAGAACUUUGACAUCGCUCAAGUUAUUCGCUUCUUCAGAUCAAAGCCAGGAGAGCUCAUGAUAUACUACGAGCUGGAAGAAAGUGAGAAAAGCAGCUCCAGGGGCAUCGUGGAGGUCUGCCCUGACACCAACAGGAUAACUCGCUUCUUGGAGAAACCGCAGGACGGAUCGACAACAUCCCGUCUGGCCAGCGUGGUGUUUUACUGCAUCCAGAGAGACACGCUGCCCUACAUGUCCGACUUCCUCAGGCUGCUGCCUCAAGCCACAAACAGGUCCUUCGGGCGAUUCUGGGAGUGGCUCAUCAAUGAGAAGCAGCUCGAUGUGUUUGGUAUGAAGCUUCCCACCGGCUUCCAGCUCAUUGGACAAGUGGGCCUGUCAGACUACACCAAGUGGCUCACCCACUACUCCACUAAGCAACACAACAGCUCUGCUGUACCAAUCACAUGCCGCUCAUAUGCCAGGGUCGGCUUAAUGGGGAAUCCCUCAGAUGGCUUUAACGGGAAAACCAUCGCUAUGACCAUCUCUAACUUCUGGGCUGAAGUCACUCUGGUGGAGAGCCACACUUUGGUUUUGGUCCCUCAUCCGCUCAAUGACCCCACAGAGUUUGGCAGCUUGCAAGAUCUGUUCUGUAUCAGCAGGAAGGAAGGGUACCUGGGAGGUCUGCGGCUGCUGCAGGCUACAUGUAAGAAGUUCUACCAGUUCUGCUCCAAACAAGGUAUUGCUUUGACAAAACAGAACUUCACACUGAAGUACGACACCAACAUUCCUCGACAAGUGGGCCUGGCUGGAAGCAGUGCCAUCGUCUCAGCUACCCUCAAGUGUCUUAUGAAAUUCUACAACAUCACAGACAGCGACUUGCCUCAACCAGUCCGAGCCAACUUCAUCCUCAACGUGGAGACGGAUGAGCUGUUCAUCACUGCUGGCCUGCAGGACAGAGUUGUGCAGGUCUAUGAAGGUUUAGUUUACAUGGAUUUCAGCAAGAAGCUUAUGGAGGAGCAGGGCUACGGGAACUAUGUGCCUAUGGACAUGAGUGAGCUUCCGCUGUUCUGGCUGGCCUUCCUGAGUGACCCCAGUGACUCUGGACGCAUCCACAGCAACAUCCGACAGCGCUGGCUCAACGGGGAGCCGGCGGUCGUGGAGGCCAUGAAGAGUUUUGCUGAGCUCACUGAUCAGGCGAGGAUGGCUAUUAAGGACAGAGACUGGAGCUGUUUGGCACGACUCAUGGACCAGAACUUUGAACUGCGGAGGUCUGUCUACACUGAUGACUGUCUGGGUCCUGGGAAUCUUAAAAUGGUUCAGCUGGCGAGGCAGUUUGGCUCAGCAGUGAAGUUACCCGGCAGUGGGGGGGCCGUGGUGGGUUUAUGUCUGGACCAGGCGAGAUUGGUGGAGAUGAGGCAGGCUUUCCAGGAGGCAGGCUGUGUCUUCUGUGUCAUCGCACCAUACAACCCAUCUGCCAGCACUGUAGGCGGCCAGCGCUAACCUCACACAUCUCCCCACGACUAAGCCAGGCCACUCAAGGCCAACUCGCAGCCAUCACACUGUGGCCCUCCAUGUGUUUAGUCCUGGUGUCGCUCCACAGGACAGAUUGACGGGAUUAAACAAUGCAAACAUUUUGAUCGGUUACACAAAAUUACAGGAAAGCUAUAAAAGAAUAAUCAGAUGGAUCUUCGUUGAUGGUUUGUGUGAUAUCUGACCAGACGGGCCAAAUCAUGUUGCAGGUAGUGAAUGAGUCUGUGUCGAGAAAAUAAGCUUUGUAUGAGAUUUGUGAAUAAUGCAUUCGUGUCAGAGUUAUCAUCAGCAAACAAUGUAAAAAUGAUGUAAUUAUCUUUUUAUAUAUGUGAUUUUAUAGACUUAAUAUGUUUGUAUGGCUGUAAUUUUGUACACAAAUUAAAAGCUACUUUUAUAUCUCA